AUGGAGCAAGACGGGUUUAAUUGUCACAUUGGAGAUGCCAAGCAAAAGGGAAAGAAUGUAAUAUGGUCAAAAGAGAUGGAUCAAUGUCUUAUUUUGGAACUUGUGCAUCAAGCUAACGAGGGUUAUAAGAUAGAUAAAGGUUUUAAAGAUAAUGCUUAUACUGCAGCUUUUUCAGUGUUAAAUUCAAAAUUUCACUUGUCACUAAAUCGAGAGUAUUGUGUUAAUCGCUUAAAGACUAUCAAGAAAAAGUAUAGAUUCAUUAAGGAAAUGUUAAGCAAAACUGGAUUUGGUUGGAAUCUAGUGAUGAAAAUGGUGGAAUGCAGCGACCAAGUGUGGACUACAUAUGUUGCAGCGAAUCCCGAUGCAAAAGGUUUACAAGGUAAGAGAAUUGACAUGCUUGAUGAAUUGGCUAUAGUUUGUGGCAAUGAUUAUGCAACUGGAGAAUGGGCUAAUUCAGCCAAAGAUAUAAAUGCUAAGAAGUCAAAACCAAUGAAUGACACUGGGGAGGAAUAUACACCAUUAGUGGACAUUAAUGAAGAAGUUAACAUAGAUGACUUAGGUGAUACCGAAGAAAAUUAUUCUGCUAGUGAGCAAGGUAAUGCAGGUAGUGCAGGUAGCCAACCAACUGGAUGUAAAGAUAACCAAGGAACUUCAAGCUCAUCUAAACGUCGUUUGAAGAAACCGCGAACCAUGGAUAAUGUUACUAAAACCAUGAGUGCAAUUUCAAAUAACAUGGCAAGAUUAGAUGAUGCAUAUGAGAAGAGCAAGCCUUGCAUAAAUUAUUCGGAACUUUAUAAGGCUAUAAUGGAUGUUGAGGAGCUUGAUCUCAAUAGCCGAAUGACUUCAUUUGAAUUCUAA